UUUCCGUUUUUCUCCUACCUGCCUCGCCAUCGCUCCGGCAAGCGCAAACUCUCCUUUUGCCCGUCUGCCAUCUUUGGUCGCCGUUCCGUCGCCUCCAAAGCUUUUCAGAAAACACCAAACAAAAAAUGGCAGAGACCGAUGAUCUUUUGGACUAUGAAGACGAGGAGCAGGUAGAACACCCAUUGACAGAAGGAGCCGGGGAGAACCAAAGGAAGGAUGUGAAAGGAGCGUAUGUUUCCAUCCACAGCUCAGGUUUCAGAGACUUCCUCCUUAAACCCGAAAUCUUGAGAGCAAUUGUCGAUUGUGGUUUUGAACAUCCAUCUGAAGUUCAACAUGAAUGUAUACCGCAGGCAGUUCUCGGCAUGGACAUCCUAUGCCAGGCCAAAUCUGGUAUGGGUAAAACUGCCGUGUUUGUGCUUGCAACUCUGCAACAGAUGGAACUCACCGAGAACCAGAUCUGUGUGCUUGUCAUGUGCCAUACUCGAGAGCUCGCUUUUCAAAUCAGUAAAGAGUACGAGAGAUUCUCUAAAUACAUGCCACACAUUAAGGUGGGAGUCUUCUUCGGAGGUCUUCCUAUAACAAAAGAUGAGGAGGUUUUGAAGAACAAUUGUCCCCACAUUGUCGUAGGGACGCCGGGCCGAAUCCUGGCUCUUGUCAGGAACAAGAAACUCAAUUUGAAAAACCUGAAACAUUUCGUUUUGGAUGAGUGCGAUAAAAUGUUGGAACAGCUAGACAUGAGGCGCGAUGUACAGGAAAUAUUUCGUAAUACACCGCACAACAAGCAAGUAAUGAUGUUCAGUGCUACUCUAAGCAAGGAUAUUAGGCCCGUCUGCAAGAAGUUCAUGCAAGAUCCGAUGGAGGUCUACGUGGACGACGAGGCCAAGCUCACUCUUCACGGCCUUCAGCAGCACUAUGUUAAAUUAAAAGAGAAUGAGAAGAACAAAAAACUGUUUGAUUUACUUGACAUAUUGGAGUUCAACCAGGUCGUCAUCUUUGUCAAGUCAGUCCAGAGAUGUAUGGCGCUUGCACAGCUGCUCUGCGACCAAAAUUUCCCCGCAGUCGCGAUUCACAGAGCAAUGAACCAAGAAGAAAGGCUUUCAAAAUACCAAGAGUUCAAAGAUUUCCAAAAAAGAAUUUUGGUCGCAACUAACCUCUUCGCUAGAGGAAUGGACAUAGAAAGAGUCAACAUCGUCUUUAAUUAUGACAUGCCUGAAGACAGCGACGCUUACUUGCACAGGGUUGCCAGAGCUGGAAGAUUUGGCACCAAGGGAUUGGCAAUUACAUUUGCCAGUGAUGAAAACGACGCCAAAGUAUUAAACAGUGUCCAAGAUAGGUUUGAUGUUAAUAUCACUGAGUUACCAGACGAAAUCGAUCUGUCAUCUUAUAUUGAUGGACGAUAAUUUUAUACUACAUUUUGGCCUAUUUCAGAGGCUUGUAUCGAUCAUUUUGUGUAUAUAAUUAAUUGUAUUUGGUGUGUGGAUUUAUUAGAAAAAUAGUUUUAUUAAACACUUUCAGAAGAGAAUAAAACAGUUUUGCACCAGCAGUUUUGUUCAAAGACAAAAAACAAGUAUUUUCUUUUGUGUAAUGUAAAUAAACGAUAGAUGUGUCUCAUCUAAUUUCUAAAACAGUCAAAUUUUUUUUGUUUUAAAUACAAUGCUUUAUUCUAAAUAGGAACAGAUCGGGCAAGAGUAACCUCCGCCCAUAGUGUUUAUUAUAUGAAUUUAAUUAUUAUUUGUAUUUCCUUAGAAUGAAAAUAAUUAAAUGAAAAACCCUAGAUUAUUGUAACAACAUUGUAGAGUAGAUUUUAAAUUCAAGAUCUUAAUUGUCACUAUUUUGUUCCAUGAACAACGUAUUUUUUUUAAUACAUAAAAAUAAAAGCAAAUUUUUUAAAAUA